CCACGCUGGGACACAGCCGGGUCAGCAGCAGGUCCCCGGGUAGCUGCUGGACUGCGGGGCUGGAAAAAGCAGGACGCGCCCGGCCGGCCCAGCCUUCCCGGGGCUCGCGUUCACGAGGCGGAGUCUUCCCGCCCGCGCGCGGAGGCCGCAGAGCCCACGGCCCCCUCCCCGGCCCCGGCCAGCGCCACCCCGGAGCACGCGGCCUCCCCUGAAGCCGGCAGAAGACACCUUCGUCCCCGCCCCUCCGCAGGUCACCUCCCUCCACGCCCCUUUCCCUUGGCCCCGGCAGCCGGCAGGCAGGGAAGUGUCGUAAAGCCCGGCCCAGGAAACUUUACCCGGGGUAACAGCCGAGGCGCUUUACGGCGACGGCGGCAGAGUGGGAGCCUCGGCGGUGGAGGCGGCCGCGGCGGCGGCGGCGGCGGCGGCUGAGGAGGAAGAGGAGUGGCGGCUGUGGCGGCGGGGACCUGUGCGGGGAUGGCGGAGGUACCGCCUGGGCCUAGCAGCCUCCUCCCACCACCGGCACCUCCGGCUUCGGCGGCGGCCGAGCCCCGCUGCCCCUUCCCGGUGGGGGCCGCCCUCGCCUGCUGCAGCGAGGACGAGGAGGACGACGAGGAGCACGAAGGCGGCGGCGGCGGCGGCGGCGGCGGCGGAGGAGGAGGAGGAGGAGGCAGAGGCAGGAGCCCGGCGGGCGGCGAGGCGACGGGCAAGGGGCAUCCGUGCCACCGCUGCCCCUCGCCGCCGCAGGAGCAGCAGCAGCAGGAGCAGCAGCAGCAGCAGCUCAACGGAUUGAUCAGCCCCGAACUGCGGCACCUCCGGGCGGCUGCGUCCCUCAAGAGCAAGGUUCUGAUCGCGGCCGACACCGCCACGACCGCGGCCACCCCCGACGGGGGCCCCAGAGCGACUUCAACAAAAGGAGCCGGGGUCCGCUCGGCCGAGAGCCCCCCUCGCUGCCUCCCCAAUAAUGCCAGAACUGCGCUCCCCAGCCCGGCGGCAGCAGCAGCAGCGGCGGUGGCGGCGGCGGCGGCGGGCAACGACCCCGUGGCGGCCCGCAAUGGACUGGCCGAGGGCACCGAGCCCGAGGAGGAGGAGGAGGAGGAAGAAGAAGACGAGCAGGUGCGGCUGCUGUCCUCGUCCCUGACCGCCGGCUGCAGCUUAAGAAGCCCCUCGGGCAGGGAGGGCGAGCCCGGGGAGGAUCGGACGAUACGUUAUGUCCGAUACGAAUCCGAGCUCCAAAUGCCCGAUAUCAUGAGACUGAUCACCAAAGAUCUGUCUGAACCCUACUCCAUUUAUACCUAUAGAUAUUUUAUCCACAACUGGCCCCAGCUGUGCUUCUUGGCCAUGGUAGGGGAGGAAUGUGUAGGUGCCAUCGUUUGCAAGUUGGAUAUGCACAAAAAGAUGUUCCGCAGAGGUUAUAUAGCCAUGUUAGCCGUGGAUUCCAAAUACAGGAGAAAUGGCAUUGGUACUAACUUGGUUAAGAAAGCUAUAUAUGCCAUGGUUGAAGGAGACUGUGAUGAGGUUGUUUUGGAAACAGAAAUAACAAAUAAGUCUGCAUUGAAACUUUAUGAAAAUCUUGGGUUUGUUCGAGAUAAGAGGCUAUUCAGAUACUAUUUAAAUGGAGUUGAUGCACUGCGACUUAAAUUGUGGCUGCGUUGAGAAAAUGACAUCAAAGAACAUCUUUCCAACUACACAGAGUCAACCUUUGCAUGCAAUGCAAUUUGUACAGAAUUGCUUUGCAGGUGGAUUUAGUAAUUUCCAUGCAGCUCUUAUUUGUCAGUGUCUCAUUGAGUGUCGCACAAUAUUUGUUGCACUUUGGCAUGGCACAUUUGUUCUGAAUUAAAAGAGAUUGUUUUAAACAGCAAGAGUUCUAUUGGUACCAACAGGAUGUGCCAGUCGAUAGCCAAGAUUUGUUUGUUUAUUUACAAAGUCUGCUGACAAUGUUAUUUACACAGUGGUCAUUUUAUCACAGAACCAGUAAGUGGAACAUGUUUUUUGUUCCUUAAAAGCCAAUGUAGAUUGUAAAAUUCUCUACUAACAUUUCACAUGGAACCUGCCAUAGUUUUCUGAAAGGGGGUGGGGUAAAAGCUUCAAUUUUAGGUUUUAUUUUUUCAAUAUUAAAAUUUCCAUUCUUGAAUAUUGGUACCUCAGUGAUUAGUGAAUGAAAAACUGUAAUGUAGGGUUGGGUGUGUCUUACAAAUGAGUAAAGAUAACCAUUAAAUUGCGUCUGCCAGUGCCUGUGUAGAUAUUUGUCUUCAUCUCUAGUUUUUAAAAUGCAUGCUAUCCUUUUCUUUAAGGCCUUUGCAAGCAAACUUGUGUUUUUAUUUAAAUUCUAAAUUUGAUAAUAAAUUAUUUCAGAUUUUUAUAAUUUGGAUACUUUUUCCAGGUGAGUGACAGUGGUUUACUUUAUAAAUCCUUUCUUUCCUUACAAUAAUACGUUGAAUCUACUUGGAAAAUCUUUGACAGGUGGCUCAAAGGGGAUGGGAAAAGUUGAUGGAGUUGGGAGUUGUUGGGUUUUGGAUGCACUUUUUUUUGUGACAUUUUUUUGAAAAGAAUAUAAAAUUUAUGUAAAUUGGUAUGAUUGAUUUUAUUUAAUUGAAAUUAUUGCCUAGCUUUGAAGGAUAGCUUCCACAAAGCAGUUGGAACUUUUUUCCCCCAAUUGGAUUCACACUGGUUCCAUUUCUUAAUAUACUUUAGUUCUUGGUCUUGGAAAUAAAUUUCAAGGUGCAUUGUAACAAUUUAUAACUGAUUUUAUCUUCCUUUCACUUAUUUGAGCAAACUGCGAAUCUUUGGUGAGUUCUCAGAAAAACAAAAAGGAAUUUGGAAAAUGAAGUUGGUUUUCUGUUUGUUUGGGUAUUUUUUUUUUUUUUUUUGCUGUUUUUUGGAAUGAGUUCCAUGGGUUUUCUUAAUGGCCAUCACCAGGCUGCAUUGUGUUUUGGCCAGUCUGUGCUAUGUAACAUAUUUAAAGUUACUGCUUUGCGUUAAGUCAGGAAACUUGUGAUGGAUAAUUUAUCUAACUGGAAAACCUUGGUACUCAUUUUAAAAAAAGUUCAUUCUCUGUGAAAAAUGUUUUGUAGAAAUCUAUCGUCUUUUUUUUCCCCUUUAAUUUGGAUGUGCUUUAUUUCUAGGAUUUGGUUUGGUUUUUAUUUUAUGAUUAUGAUUACUGUAUUUUUAAAAACCCUACCUCCAUUAACAGUUGGUAAAAGCAAAAGCCCCCUUUCAGGAAAGUGUGUUGCCUUUUUUUAAAAAAAGGAAAGCUGUUCCUUGCUCAGUAUAGUGUCUUGAAAGUGAACACAUGACAAGUGCUUUUCAAAUAAAGAUACACAGAUUUGAUAAAACUCUAAUCUUCCUACUGGUGGGAUUAUUUAUGGCUCUUGUUUUUAAAGAAAACUUUAUCUUUUCAUUCUCUACUGCUCUUAAAAUUUAAUAUGCAGAAUACUGAUUACAUUAAAAUUAUGACCACACAAAUACCUAGCAUUCCAGCUGACUAUUUUUAAUAUUUUUGGUCAGACUUCAUUUGGGCUUUGGGAUUUUGAGAGAAUACCAAUCAUAGUGAUGGGGGGAUCUGAACCACAUCAUCAAAUUUUAUCUCAUCCCCUUAUAUUUGACUUGCUGGUUCAUAGGUAAUCAUUAUCGAUGAUUAUACAGUUGUUCGCUUUACUAAUGGAAUAGUUCUAAAGUAGAUACCAUGCUGGGUUUCUGGUUUAACCACUAUGUUUUUGGCAGAUUGUUCAUGAAACCAUCACUAAUUGACCUUUUCCCCCUGAACUGACCAGGUUUUGCCGAAUUGACUGGAAGUUUGUAAACAUGGCCUUAACUAUGUGACUAAAAAGUCAAAUGGUUGCCAUAUUGCCAACAAACUGGUAUAGUUAUUGACAACUACCUUAUGUCUUCAAUUGACUACAUAUUUACUUAGGCUAAAAGUUUCACAUCUCUGUAUCAUUAUAACCCAGCACCAAAAUUAAAUCUCCAUUUUAGUUGAAGAAGCAUUGAAUAUUAACUUACAUUUUGAUAUUGGAUUUUACUUAUAUAAUUGUAAAAGAACUCCAUUUAAAAUUGAUAGUUCACUUAGACUAAAACUGAGCAAAACUGGUGCAACUUUCUUUUAAUGGGGUGCUGUCUCUUUAAGACUGACUGUACUAUCCACUGACACUGGUUUGGCAGUUUAUACUGCUGAACAUAUUUAUAUAUGCUACCAUGAAGCUAUCUAUAUAUGUUAGUAUUGAAGAAGCUAACGGGUAUCCUACCAUUUUUGAUGUGUGGGCUGAUUAUGAUUUCCCUUAUAUUAGGAUGAAACUACUCCACAGGUCAGAAAUCAGACCAGAAACUAGUAGUUCUUUAAUAUUAAGCCAGCAAAUAAAAAAAGAAGUAAUUACUAUUAAAAUUUGGUUUUGAUAUUUUCUGUCUAUCUUCCCCAAAUUACCCUCCCUAUUUGCUUGACAAAUCUAUGUAAAGGAGUUUGUUUGUCACAUUUUAACUUUACCUUGCCCUGUGUUACGGUAUUGGCUGACAUGUAUAAGUCUGGAUGUGUAUAUUUAUUAUGGUAUCUAAAAAAUCAUGAAUUUCAUCACUUUCCAAGAGCAUAGAUAAAAGCAAAUUGGUAGUGCAUCAUAAUUACUUUUCAAUGCACCAUGACAUCACUAAAGUGAGUGCUAUAAUGUUACAGGGCUUUCAGGUUUUUUGUAAAAACAUAACCAUAAAUUAUAUUGACGUCAGAUAUGAGUUGAGUAUCUAUAAAAUAUCACGUGUAUCUCAAAAUAUUGGACUGCUGUUUGACUGGAUAUUGCUGCAUAAUUUUCUUCUAUUGUCCCGUAUCCUUUUGGAAAGAGAGAUUUUAAUGGGAUUUGAAAUGUGCAAGCUGUCUAAAUAAGAUGCAGUCAAAUAAAGUAUGGUUACGUUG